AUGAGGCUUCCUGAGGUGAUUCUAUCGUUUACGCUUAUCGGGUCAAGCCUGGCGAUGUGUGUGGAGGAGGUUUUAGUGGACGUGGUAAAAUGGCGCCACCUGCAGGUGCUGAAUAUUUUCCACUGUCUCAACCACGAGCAGGGAAUUAACCCCACCCGUUUGACGCACACCCUACGCGACCAUCACACCAGCCCGGUGUCCUUCGUUUACGUGCCGACUUUCAGUGAGCCAAAAUUCGUUACCUCGAUCGAAUCGGUGCUAUCGGUACGGGUUGGCCUUAUAGUCGACAUGAGCUGUCGAGGUGUGGAAAGUGUGCUGCACGUUCUCGCCGAGAGGCGGUUUUUCAAUGGCGAACGGUAUAGUUGGUUGCUGGUCGGGUUGCGUGCAUUAGAAGCGAACCGGCAAGCCCUCCAGAACCUAAGCAUUACCGUAGCCUCGAACGUGCUGCUGGUCCAGCCGGUUGGAGCCGAGGGUGAGUGUAAUUUUGCAAUUCUUGACGCGUACGGCCAGUGGACGAUGGAAAGCUGGCGGUUGAGUUUGCUGCAGAUUGCUAGUUGGAGCAGAAACACUGGGCUGGAAAUUUGGGACAGGCGAACCCCGUACCAGAGGCGGUUAAACCUUUACGGAAUGCCUCUCGGGGGCGUUCUUGAGGAGGUGCGUUGCCAGAACUGCUUAGAAGGCGAGCAAGAUUACAACAAUCAACAACCGCUUCGUAUUCUCGUCGAUCCACUGGCAAUCGAACAAACGGAUGUUGAGCGUUUCGAUUACGUUGCAGCUGUAGGAGCUAGCCAAACGAUCCUUUUGUUCAUCCACCCGGACGUAGAUCGCACGAGGCAUGCAUUUUUACGCCCAUUUAGCCUGCUCCUGUGGACGGCCAUUGCGGUCCUUUUCGUCCUUUUUGCGUUGCUGUUGUACAAGAUACUAACCCUUGAGUGGAGCCUGGACGCUGAGACCGAUCACACAAACGUGCGCCAGAAGAACGAAAACGGCAUUUGGAUACUAGUUUUGGGCAUAUUCUGCCAGCAAGGAUUCAUCGAAAGGACGGAGUGGCAUGCGAGCCGAAUCACGCUGUACAGCAUGCUGAUCUUUACCGUGCUCAUUUACCAGUUUUAUCUGACGCACAUCGUCAGCUUCCUGCUGGUUGUGCCACCUAAGAACAUUAACACGCUCAAACAGCUGGUCGACAACGGGUUUAGCGUUGCCGUGGAAAAUGCCCCAGAUAUCGUGGAGUUUGUGAAUGGUACUGACGAUGGAUAUCUCAUUACACUCUGCCAGCGUCAGCAGGAACGUGAUGGUCAUGUAUACUACAACACCGACGAGGGAAUUGCACUCAUGAAAAGCGGAAAGAAUGCCUUUCUCUGUAACUCGAAUCGGGGAUACAAGCUGAUUAAAACACUGUUGAGUGACGAGCAGCGAUGUGCUUUGCAGGAGAUACCCUUGCUGCCGAAGACCCUCGCAUAUUUGGCCAUGCAGAAAGGCAGCCCUCUCAAGGAGCUGUUCCGCAUCACGGCCCACAAGAUCACCGGCAACGGUGUCGUGCAGUACGAGCGGAAGGUUUGUUCCACCAAGCCGCCCAGGUGUGUCGAAAAUGAGGUUAAAAUGCCGAAGGUUAACCUAGAUCAAGUGUCCUCGGUGCUGUUAAUGCUGUUCGGUGCUAUUAUCGGGAGCAUCGUGCUGCUGGUGCUGGAAAUAGCUGUCAGCAAGGCGCAGAAGAGACGUUUGCUUCCUUGGCCUACCGGAAAUGUCAGCGUUCCCGUUCGGGAACAUCAAUCUUCGUAG